UUAGGAUCGAUGUACGCCGCUGCCGCCAAGCGUACUCAUUCUGAAACAGGCUCCCGUGGUGAAUACACAAAGUACGCGAAAAUACUAUAUUUACGACAAUACACAAAUCAAAAACGAACGGGUUGGAAAAGCAGAGUACCAAUAUUAACGUACUUCGAUCGAUCAACCUGAAACUCACUAUUCAACUAUUUUUUCAAAAAACCAAACCCGCGUUUUUAUUUUAUUUUAUACUUUUGUAAUUUAAAUAGUGCGCGUUGCGGUUUUCACACAACUGUGACCCGUUAAUUUAUUUAUUUAUUUAUUUUCUGCUAUAAACUGUUUUACAUAUCGGUAAUUGUUUAUUGUUAAGUAUUUACUAGCAAUAACAAUAACUUUAUUCAAAAAUUAGUGAAUAAUCAAACCGAGUGCCUGUGAAAUUUGAAUACAAAUCGUUAUAAAAAGUAUAAAAAAAGGCUUGAGUGCAUUACGGAUUAUCGAGAUGGCGUUUAUGAUGCCCGUUGUCAAAAAUGAGUGGGAUAUUUACAAGACCAACCGGAGUAGAAGGUCCUCUGAAUGUUCUAAUCCUCAGGCAUGUCGUAGUCGGAAGGUAUCGGAAUGUUCAAAAUCCGAAGGGCCAUCGCUCUCGACAUCACCUGGAUCAGACUUUCUGACGUCACCAGCCCACCGUUCGGUAGCAAUGUCGCGUCAUUUUUCACGGACAUCUUCACGAACAUCUCAGAGUUCUCUGCAGAGUCCAUGUAAAAGUACCGGGUCUUCGCCGCCUAAAACCGGUAGUUCAAACUCGCUCAACAAAUUUCACAAUCGACUGGUCGACAAGCUUAAAAGGUCACUAAAGAAAGCUGACGACAGUUCCGAAGACCAGCGUAAUUUGUCGUGAAACAGUCAAGGGGUUUUGGGCCGCCCGCCAAUAUGCGCUAGCAGCUCAAACCCUAUAGAGAUAACAACGAGAUGCAUUUCAACACCCCUGAUUUUAAGGAACUCCCUUGUAGUUGAUGACGAAAAGGUGGUACGGUCAUGUCCGGAUCGAUCUGCGGCAUGGUGAAUUUAGUUACAUGAUUAUUAGUACUACUAGUACACAACAACAACAAAAUGUCUGAUCCGAGCAACAACCGGCUCUUUCUGUACACUCAAUGUUAUCACUCUAUAGUUUCAACAUCUGCCGCAUACGUAAUGCUCAUGGUAUAUGAGAUCAUGUGGAUGUAUAGCCAACAGUAUUGGCGACAGUAGUGCCACCUUCAUCAUCGCCGCCAUUACUUAUCUGUACUUUUGUAUUAAUCACGAUCGUUAAUUCAAAUAGCCACAGAUCUAGGCUACGAGACGACUACGGCGACUUUGACUACGACCACUACCAAGUUUAUAUGACCAUUUGAUAUCAGCAAUGGCUUAUAAUUUACUUUUAGUCUCUAUUAUAAAAUUAUUUACCUUUUUUUGUUGACAAACAUCUUUUAUAACAUUAAGUACAUAUAGUAUUUUUAAAAACAACCAACUUAAUGCAACGACUAUUUCAAUAAUGACGGCUAUAUAUAUCGGGGUUGUAGAAGUUACUCUUAUUUUUAUUUAUAAAACUCAUGUUUUUCACGUUACUAUAAUAAAAUAUUGACGCAAACAUGUGGAGACUAGUCGAUUCAAGGUUAGUGUUAUCUGUAAUAAUGUCGCGAUAUUAUUAUUAUUAUUAUUAUUAUUAUUAUUAUUAUUAUUAUUAUUAUUAUUGUUAUUAUUAUUGUUAUUAUUAUUAUUAUUAUUAUUGUAAUUUUUCUAUAUUUCUUCCACACGCGAGCAAUCACAGAGUUCUGAUAUGCUUUAUUGGUUUCUGCUCCCAAUACUUUCCUCACUGCGGAAAAGACAAUCGAUUUUUUUUAGACUGGGGCGAAACGGAGUACAGAUAAAUUAUUAUUUCUAAUUUUUAAAAUUUACUAGUCAUAUUUAAAUUAUGCGAUUGGUUCAUCGAUUAAUCAAUCCAUUAGUGAUACAGUUUAAUUAAUUAUAAUUAACUUGAACAGAAAAUUUAGCGUUUAAUUGAAAUGCUCGCAAUUAAAUAAAUUACCUCGGAAACUUAUUUAGUAUCAAUUACGUGAAUUCGUUGGGAAAUUAACGCGGGUCAAUAUUAAUUAGAGGUAAUUUUAGAAUUGAACGUUCGAAAUUAGAACCAAUUUUAUUUUAAUAUCGUUUGUACUCUUUUAAUAUUGAUAAAAAAAUUCAAAUUCAAAUUUGGCAUUUCGAUAUUCGAUCAAAAAAAAUUAUUCCAUCUUGCCCCAGUCCGAUGAAGUAGAAAAAAAAUCCCAAUUUGGAUUGAAAUAUUAUUAUUUUAAAUACUAAAGAGUUUUUAUAGUCAAAAUUUAUUUAUUGUUAUCCUAUUCAAAAAUUUAUGAAGAAUUUAAAAAUUUUGAAAUUUAUUCAAAUUUUAAAAAGUUUACAAUGAUAUUCUAGUAGAAUAGAUCAACCUCUCACCUUUUUUAUUUGGAUAAAAAUACAACUUAUGACUUACAUCAUUAAAAUCAAUGACGUGAUACUGAGGAAUUUAUGUAUUCGCAUAAAAAUGUAUUUUGAAAAAUAAAUUUUUGAGUAGGGAUACACGACUUAAGUUUCUUAAUAUAGAACUGUCAGGCUGUAAUAUAUUUAAUAAAUUUAUUUUUUUUAUUCUUUUAUAUAACUCUACAAUGACGUCUUUUCCUAGUUGGUAAUAUAUAUUUAUACAUAUAUAAUAAAUUAAAAUUAUAUUAUCUGUACAAAUUAAAUUUAUUAAUUGUGAUGAAAAAAAUUUAUGACGGAAGGUUUAAGGGAGCGAUUUAUAUAAUAGUAUAAAAAAAACUAAAAGAAAAAAAUAAUAUACAUUUCGUGUAUUAUAUUUUAUCGUUAUACGAUAUUGAUUAUCAAUAUUUUUUAGACGGCUUUCGCGAUAAGAGAAAACGGAAUAUAAAUAAUAAUUAAUAAUAGUGUGUUAUUAAAAUUAUAUUUUGAUAUAUUGAAAUUUAUAAAUAAAUUAUUUUCUUUAAAUAAAUUAUAAAUGGGUAUUCCGUUUUUCAUUUCACUAAAUUAUUUAAUCGCUUGUAAAUUAUCGAUUAUCAACAACGAUGGUUAUUUAAUUGUAUCAAUAGGUUUUCUUUUAAUUUUUAAAAAUUAACUGUUUUAAAUAAUUUAUUUUUUCAUAAAAAAUUGUUUCAAGUCCGAAUCGGAUAAUUUUUAAAUUUCAAUUAUUUGAUUCGAACUUUGAAUCAAAAAAUAAUAUUUGAUUUGAUUAAAUUCCAACUAUUAUCGAUAAGCUGAAAAUGACUAAAUUAUCAAAAUUACCGGUCAGAUAAAAAAAAAAUAAUUUAAACAAUAAUAGUAGUAUUCAUUUUAAAUUUUUAUCGAAAAAAUGAAACUUCAGACUUAGCCUUGAAGCAAACACAAUAUAUUAUUUGAAUCAGUUAAUUUAUUAUUUAUUUUCAUCGCGGUCUUACCGGGAACAAUUAAAAAGUAUGAUCUAUAUAUAUUGUAUGUACCGUAUGUAACUCUGUGAUACAGUAUGCUGUAAGAAUAGAUUUAUUUUGCAAAGAUGAAAGUGAUGGGAGAAAGUAAAAUUAAUUGAUAUUUAAUAAAUAAACGAAUAAAUAAUAAUCAAGUUGAUAAAUUUUUUUUUAUUCAUCGGCAAGUCCGAUAGUGAGAGUCGAUCUCUCAUUUAGUUUUCUUAAUUGUUCCAAUUAAAUAAUAAUAAAGUCGUCUCGAAACAAAAAUAAAACGUGAGUUUAUUGUACGCCGUAAUAACCCUAAGACUAUAUUAAUUGUAACUUACAUUAGUGAACAGAUAAUACAAUAUUAGCCUGCAAGUAAUUCAUAAAAUACACAUGGAGAAAUUCCUCUUGUUUGAAAUGAUAGUGUCAUAGUAAAAACGGUCAAUUUUGGUCACCUGACGGAAGUUGAAAGAAACACAUGCGGAAAUUAUACUAUGGCCAUAGGAAAAUUUACAAAAAUCAGAGUCAUGUAGAGCAAGUGUGCGCAAACUCAUUUAUUUUGGACUGAAAUGCAUGAGUUUGCGCACACUUGCUUCACAUGGCUACAGUAGUUUGUGACGAAAUCGUCAAUUUUACUAUGGCCAUAGUAAUUCUGGCGAGUGCUUAUUUAAACUUCCGUCAGAUGGCCAACAUGGGCAAGCCACAGUAUUUCAAAGAAGAAUAAUUUAUCCGUGCACAAAAAAGUCGCCUAUACAAAUUGCAUUUGGUGUACGAGUUUUGAAACAAAUAAUCUGAGUAAAUGACUGUGUGGAUGUGUAAUGUAAUGAGUGAUAAAAGUAUACAUAUAUAAAAUAUAAAAUUUUUUAUUGGUAAAUAAUAUAAUAGUAUACAUGUAUAAUGUAUAAUUAUUUAAUAUUGUAAUAAAAAAUGUGAAUAAGUAAAGAGUUGCCGCUUUACGUAAGACUGCUUUAAUGAGAGAUGAUGAUUACAAUAAUUUAAGAUCGUUAUUUACUGGUGCUGGUUUUUACGGAUAAAUAGUUUAGAUUAAACAUUAAGUUUUAUGUAAUUAGUAUAUUAUUAUUUUCACUUGAUGUUUAAUUUAUUUAUUCGUGGAUGCCUUAUGACCUGAACUGAUUAGACUGUGAAUUAGAUAUUUAAUAUAUUAAUUACUGAUUCAUGGAUAUGGAAGCGUUAAUUAUACAUUAUUGGUGUAGUGAGAUAACGAUCUAUUUAUUGCUGCGAUCUUGAGCCUAGUAAUAAUGCAUUUUUUUUCUUUUCUAAUUUGAUAUUUUAAAUUAUAAUCAUUUUUUUCUGGCUUCAGAUUUUUUUCUUAAUUGAUUUAAUUAUUUAUUACCCGGCACAAGAUCGCGACGUUACAAAAAUUAAUAAUUUAUUCAGAGAUCGCAAUAUAUAUAUAUAUAUAUUUAUAUAUAUUGUAUUAUUGUAAUUAUUAGUAAUAGUUUGGGAUUUUUGGAGCGGAUUUUUUUACACACGGAUAAGAUUAAAUUAGAACAGUUUUAUUUAUUUAUUUAUUAUAUUUUAAAUAAUUUAAAAUUUACAAAAAUUAUUUUUAUUAUUUUUGAGACUACCGUCGAAAUUUGAAUUUAUUGCUGUUAUUUAAACGUCACAAAAAAUUAUUCUACUGACGUAUUAUUUGUUUUUAUUUUUAAAAUAAAUUUUACUGUUUAUAAAUUUUACCUUAUCCAUGAUUGAACAUCACUGCCAAAAAAACCCAGGUUAAUUAUUAAAUAGAUCAAUUUAAGAUGUGGAAAAAAUUUUUUUAUAUAAAUGUAUAAAAAAAAAUUUUUUUUACUUUUGCGCCAAUUAUUUUUAUUAUGUAAUUUCAUACAGUGUUUUUUUUAAAAUAUAUAUUAUUAUUUAUUAUUAAUAGUAUAGUGUUUUUCAUCCCUCGCAACCUUGGAUUUUAUUAUUUAAUUAUUUAACAUCAGAGUAUCAUUAAAUGUUAUGGUUAUUUUAUUAUUUAAUUAGUGUGCGAUUUAUUGUAAUCAAUUAAAAUUCUGCAUGCUCAGGGUUCUGCGAGGUGGUAGUUACACAUUCCAGUGUAUUCGUAUUAUAAAUUCAUUAUUUAAACGAUUCGAUAUAUAUAUUAUUAAAUUAUAGUUGGGAAAUAAUUGUAAUUGUAUUGGCGAAAUAAAUUUAUUGAAGCAAUUAAAAUAUUAUUUUAAAACAAACCAUAAUAAAUCUGUUUCAAAUGCUUAAAUUAUUGAAUUAACAUAAAUUAUUAAAUUAUAAUGUAUCGCGAUUUUUAUGUCAUGUUCAAUAAAGUUUAAAAUACAUACCUA